CUGCCCCCAUGAUGCGGCCACUGACUGUUCUGUGCGUGAACCUAUCGACCCUACUAAAACCCUACUACUAAUUUGUCUCCAUAUGUAGUAUCGAUACACAUCACCCUUGGGCCUCAAGGCCUUAUCGAUCAUCGACAUCAACCAUUCCAGCCCAAUUUUCAGGCUGUUUUCAAUUUUGGGCCUUCUUCUCUUCACCCACAUGUUUCCAUUUCAUGAUGACGACCAAAGUGUUGGCCGUGAAUACAUACCGUACUGGCCCGGGGAACACCAUGAGGCAUUCACGAGGUUACCUCACUUUUGGCGCAGCUGACGCAUGACCCGCGCUCAACCUCUAGCUCACACCGCCGUUCCCUGUCCACUCCACAUCUCCGGCGUCUCUGUCGAUUUCAGCAGGUCGAGAAAGAAUGUAGAAUCUGCUCAAGUCCGAAUCGGCAAAUUGCACAUGCCAAUCGCCGAACGCGGUCCAGGAAAGGCUUGGCGACAGACAUUUUCUCCGCCCAUGAAGCUUUCUGUUGGAGAUUCAUUUUCCGUACGUAUACACUACAAGAAAUGGUUAGGCAUGAAGGCCGAUCAUGAAGACAUUGCUUUCGAACUGGAAGACAUGUUCCGCGUGUCUGGUUCAGAACACGACAGACAAGAAUACAACAAGAUUCACAAAAAAUUCAGGAUAGUCAUCAAACUUUCCGGUGACGCAACCACCGAAGUAGGAUCCAUGUCGGAUCUCCAGCCUACCACUGACGAAAUCAUUCGGAUUUGUCCUCGGUUCCGAAUUCUGGUGAUAGGAAAGACCGGCGUUGGCAAGUCCUCGUUGAUCAACCUCGCAUUUGGGGUGCAAAACGCGCUCACUUCGCAUGAUAAGGCGGGCGAAGCCAACAUCAACACCGAGUUCAUAUCACGACAGAACGAGCGAUUCGUUCUCCACGAUAGCAAAGGUUUCGAACCAGGCGGAGAUGACAACCUCACUAUAGUCAAAAAAUUCAUCGAAAGUCGGAGAAAGAUGCCUGAUCUGAAAGAUCAGCUGCAUGCUAUUUGGCUUUGUUUCGAAAUACCCCGCGAAGGCGGGCGUUUACUCGAGACUGGUACAGAGGAAUUCCUGACAUUAAAGCGUGAGGGCGCGCUGGGAAACAUCCCCGUCGUCGUCGUUCUCACUAAAUUUGACAUGUUCAUCGACCGCGUGGAUCACACCCUGGAUGAAUCCUUGCUCGAAGGAUUGAGCAACAGCGCGAUCCACGAACUCAUCACGAAGAAAGCGGAUACCGAGCUACAGGAGGUCUGCAUCGGACCCCUACAGCAAUUUGCAGGGUCUGACAUCCCCUACGCCACGGUCUCUACCAAGGAAGACCACAAAGAAACACUAGCCCAUCUUAUCGAGACGACUGAAAGCCACGUCCGACAGAAUUUUCCGUCCGAGGCGUGGGUGAUGACCUCCAUCGCUCAACGAGUGGACCCUGGACUCAAAAUCAAGGCCUCGAUAGAGGUCGGCAAGAGAAAAUAUUGGAAAGCGCUCGUAUCAAGCGCAGCAUUCAAGAACCGAACGACAUGGAGCUGUCUGGGUGUGGUUCAUACUGACAUCAUUGCUGUGUGGAACUUCCAAGACCCUCAUAAAUACUUAGACAGCCCCGAAUUCAGGACAUUGAUGGUUAACCUGGUGGAUAAGAAGAUAGAAACUGGACCUACAGCUGAUCCUAGCAGGACCAUUGCUAUCGGGCUUUCCAUGGUGGGUACUAUCGCGGGCAUCAUGUCUGCCCUGGCGGGACCAGCGGCUCCCAUCGUGGUGCCGAUCGUGGCGGGCGUCGUACUCGCCGUAUGGGUUCAUGACGUGUACCAGCAGUCCUGCGUGGUGCUUCAGCGCUUCAUGACAUAUAUCGUCGACUUGACCCUUGUGUUGCAGACACUUUAUCUUGUGUCGGAAAGCAAGGAACUAUCUCGUAGGGCCAUCAAGCUCGCUGUCGCUGCCUAUCAUGCCUCACCAACGAGCGAAGAAGUUCAUGCUGGAAUUCGGAAGUAUGACCGGGACUUGACACUCCUGGCGCGCGCGGAUCGUGAUGCCUUGGAUAAAAUCAUCGAGUUGAUGCAACUGUAUAGCAUCGAUGCCGCGACAAUUUUCGACCUUCGGAAACAGAUUCCAGUUGUUGGUUCAUUACCGGAUGAAUUGUGGGAAGACGUCAAGGCAUAGAUCUCAUUCUUUCCUUUGAGUAUGAUUUGCAGUUCUGGCAGG